UUUAUAUUCCCAACGUGUUGCUGAUGAACAGUUAGCAACUAGGUGUUUGAAGAUGGGAUUUCGACUAGUUCUGCUUUUGGUUUUCCUCUACGGGGGAAAGUGUGAAGUUAAGCAGGAUUUGGGGGGCGAGUGGUCGCUCAAAGAUGAGACUGAAGAAUACAAAGAUUUGUCGGCAACGGUCCCGGGUGGGAUUUACACCGAUUUAAUGAACCCAUCAAACAAAAUUCUGGGCAAUAUUUACGCCGGUUUUAAUGAUAUUGAGUACAAAUGGGUGGCCAGAUACAACUGGACUUAUUCCACCACAUUCCAAGUGCAAGAAGAUCUAACCAAACGUGACGUUAUCAAUUUGGUUCUUGAGGGUGUGGACACGUUCGCCACAAUUUUUAUCAAUGACGUUAAAGUGGGCACGACCGAAAAUAUGUUCGUGCGUUACAUUUUUGAAAUCACCAAUACACUCAAGGCCGGUGUUAACACCAUCACUUUAAAGUUCGAUUCUCCGAUUACGGUUAGUGAGGAAUUGGCCAAGAAACAGGCCGAAGACUACGCUGUGCCCCCCGAUUGUGUCCCCGAUUCGUACAAGGGUGAAUGUCAUGUUAAUUUUAUUCGGAAAAUUCCGGCUUCGUUUUCCUGGGACUGGGGGCCAGCUUUCCCCUCAGUUGGGAUUUGGAAAGACAUUUACUUGGAGGCUUUUUACGUAACUACGAUCAGAUACGUAGUUGCUGAAGUCAUAGACAGUGGAGACAACUGGCUUUUGUCAAUUGAUACGUAUUUUGCCCCCAAGACAACUGGGAUUACAGGCAAGCUGGACGUUUCGUUACAAACCAAACGUGAACCAAUCCAAACCUCCAGUGAGGUAAUACUGGGUGAACCAAACGAACAUGGGGAAAUUUUCGUAACAACUAAUGUAACAGUACCUAAAUCGUCGGUUGACUUAUGGUGGCCCAAUGGUUACGGUAAACAACCCCUUUACACCCUCAAUGUGACUUUUACCAAUGACAAAGAAUCGAGCACGAGUCAGAAAAAAAUUGGGUUUAGGAAAAUUGAGAUAAUGCAAGAUGAGCUUGACUCGGGCCUUGCGUUUUAUUUCAAAGUGAACAAUGUCCCGAUUUAUGCAAUGGGUGUUAACGUCAUCCCUCUUGAUAUCCUCCCGGAAGAGAGCUACAAAAGGGAAACUGUUGAUCGUUUACUCGCCGCUGUGGCCGAAUACACUGAAAUGAACAUGUUGCGAGUGUGGGGCGGGGGCGUUUACGAGUCGGAUUAUUUUUACGAAAUGGCCGAUAAAUACGGACUGAUGAUUUGGCAAGACUUCGUUUUUGCCUCGGCCAUGUACCCCGCAAAUGCCGAAUUUCUGAGCAAUGUGCAGCGGGAAGUAAAUCACCAAGUUAAGAGGAUCCAAAGUCACGCGAGUCUGGCCGUUUGGGGCGGCAAUAACGAGAACGAGGGCAAUUUAGCAUCGAACCAUUUCAAUACCGCUGAUAAUUUCGAUGUUUACAAGGCGGAUUACAUAAAGCUGUACAUCGACACUGUUAGGGACGAAAUGAGGCGAGCAACGAAAAAUGCUAAUUUUGUCAAUUCGAGUCCCACGAAUGGGAUUCAAACGGACAAGGAGGGAUACGUUGCGAGUGAUCCUGGCAGCAAUUUUUACGGCGACAAGCAUUAUUAUAACAAUAAGAAAGACAGUCUGGACGAAAGUAUUUUUCCCACACCGAGAUUUUCGUCCGAGUACGGCUACCAGUCGUUACCAAGUGUUACUUCCUGGCUCACCGUUGCCAAUUCAAGUGUCUUAAACCUUAACAGCGACUUUAUGAAACACAGACAACACCACCCUGAUGGAAACGAUCCGCUGAAAAACCUUAUCGAAUUCCAGAUGGAGCUCCCAAGCGAGGAUAACGAAUAUUACGAUGAAGCUGUCAUUUAUUACACACAAAUUAUUCAAGCAAUGUCUGUAAAAACCGAAACGGAGCAUUAUCGCCGAUUUAUGGGGCGAUUCGAUGACCAAGGCCAGGGCAACACGAUGGGGGCCCUCUUCUGGCAACUCAACGACGUUUGGGUGGCCCCUAGUUGGGCCUCGAUUGAUUACACGGGCAGGUGGAAAAUGCUGCACAAUUUUGUCCCCAAUUUCUUUUCGCACGAAUUAGUCACGGGCCAUUACAAUAAAGAUAGCAAAAAAUUGGAAAUUUAUCACAUGUUGAAUAAACCAAAUGUGGAUGGCGAAAAGUGGAUCAAUUUGACGGUUUAUUCGUGGGAGUCGUUCACCCCUCUCAACGUUACCCAACUUAUCGGAGAAUUUGAGCCUUUGGUGGCAAGACUAGUUGCAUCAUACGAUGUGGACCAAUUUUUGUCCGAUUCCGGGUGUGGCGCUGCAGAUGUAGCAAAAUACAACUGCUUUGUGCAUAUUGUUGGUGGGAAAGACGGCACAGUUUUGACCCCGUCUAAUUACUUUUUCCCUUCAAAAUUUAAGGAAGCUAAACUUAAAAACUCCAAUGUUGAGAUUAUUUCAGUUGAUAUGAUUGACGCGAAAGGCUUGCGCUUCCACGUGUGGGUGAAAGCCGACGCCCCUAGUCUUUUCGUUUGGUUGGACCCGCACGAUAUUAAAGGCCACUUUCUUGAAAACGGUUUUAUUCAACACUCUCUUGUUACAACAGUCACUUUUAUAGCAGAUUCACCAACAACAAGCGAAGAUUUGAAACAAGCGCUUACAGUGACUCAUCUAAGAGACCCUAAGUAUUUUAUUUCACGGAAAUAAGUAAUACAUGAAUUAAUAAUUUUAUUUAAUUCAUCAAUUAUAAAUAAAGUGUCUUUUAAACAA